GAAAACUCAAAUUUGGAAAAUAUCUACCGGCAAAGCAAAUUCAAAUUCUUAAACAAAAAAAAACUUCUCUUCUUCCUUUGAAUCAAUCAAUAUGCCUUCAAUUACUGCAGCUAAAUCUGUUGCUGGUCGAGGAAAGACCCAAAAAGCUUCAAAAUCUACUUCCAGAUCUCAAAAAGCGGGUCUCCAAUUCCCCGUUGGUCGAGUUGCUCGUUUUUUGAAGAAUGGUCGUUAUGCUCAGCGAGUUGGUUCUGGUUCGCCGGUGUAUCUCUCAGCUGUGCUUGAGUAUCUCACUGCUGAGUUAUUGGAACUUGCUGGGAAUGCUGCGAGAGAUAACAAGAAGAACAGGAUUGUGCCGAGGCAUAUACAGCUUGCUGUGAGGAAUGAUGAUGAAUUGAGCAAGUUGUUGGGAUCUGCUACUAUUGCUAACGGUGGAGUUUUGCCUAAUAUUCAUCAGAAUUUGCUUCCUAAGAAGAUUGUUAAAGGGAAAGGUGAAAUCAACUCUGUUUCACAGGAGUUUUAGGUGUUGAGUUAGGAGGAAUUGGGUUGUGAAUUUUGAUUUUUAGGGUUAAUUAGUUUGGGAGUUUUUUCGUAUGUGAAUUGCAAGUUUGUUUCCUCAUUUUCUUAUGAUGGAUUAUGUAGAAAUAUGAAAGAUUAAUAGAUUUCUUAUAAUUUUUAGUUUA